AGAGAGAGAGAGAGAGAGAGAGAGAGAGAGAGAGAGAUAAAGAAGCAAGUCCAGGCAGAGACAGCAGGCUGGAUUCAUGGUCUGCGGCAGACAGGCAACAGGGCGUUGGAGAGCAUGCGGUCUGGAACUUCUCCGCAUUCACGACCGGGUGGAUCACCAGCCUGGUAGAUGGAUCCAGGCGAAGUGGGAAGACGGGUCCGAUUACGGAGACAUGAUCAGGAUGAUCAAGGUGUAAUAAUGGAGUAGUCGGUUGGGAGAGAGGGAGAAAGGGAUAAGAAGAGGAG